AUGCAAUCCCUCUCACGACUCCGAUUAACCAGCGCCGUCGCGCCUGGCCGCAUAUACACGCGCCCAACCCUACGAGCCCUCUCACCAGUCUACACCCUAACCCGAUUAGCCAGCACAGCAACCCGCCGACUGGACCUCCCGGCCCUUGACAAAAAAUGGCAAGCAAAAUGGGAAAGCGAGCGCGCCACGCCGCGCUCAACACCCGAUACAACACAGAAACCUAAAUCCUACAUCCUGUCCAUGUUCCCAUACCCGUCUGGCACGCUGCACAUGGGCCACCUGCGCGUUUACACGAUCUCCGAUGUGAUCUCGCGGUUUUAUAAAAUGCGCGGACAUGACGUGCUCCAUCCUAUGGGGUGGGAUGCAUUUGGGCUGCCGGCGGAGAAUGCGGCGAUUGAGAGGGGUAUUGAUCCUGCGGUGUGGACGCAGGAGAAUAUCUCAAAGAUGAAGGAGCAGUUGAGGUGUAUUUCGGCGGAUUUUGAUUGGGAUAGGGAACUGGCUACGUGUUCACCGGACUUCUAUGAGCAUACUCAGCGCAUCUUUUUGAUGAUGUAUCAGAAGGGUUUGGCAUAUCAAGCAGAAGCGUUGGUUAAUUAUGACCCUGUUGAUAAGACCGUUUUGGCAAAUGAGCAGGUUGAUGCCAAUGGAUUCUCGUGGAGGUCUGGUGCUAAGGUUGAGAAGUUGAAUUUGAAGCAGUGGUUCUUCAAGAUCACUGAUUUCAAAGAAGCACUUCUGAAAGACCUCGAUUCUCUUGCCGGGGGAUGGCCGGAGCGUGUCCUGUCGAUGCAACGCAAUUGGCUUGGAAAGUCUUACGGUGCCAAGGUCACAUUCCCUGUGACGAUCGGUGGAGGUGACCAAGUCGAUGUGAAUGUAUUCACUACCCGACCAGACACUUUGUAUGGUGUGGAGUAUCUAGCACUUUCUUUAAACCACCCUAUUGUGUUGAAGGCUGCCGAGAAAGACGAGGCACUUCGCAAAUUCCUGAGCGAUUCCUUGUCGCUUGCACCGGACUCCAAAGCAGGAUACCGGCUGCCCGACAUUGAGGUGUCUCAUCCAUUGUGCAAAAUUGAUACAGAAACACCCCACUUGCUGAGGAAGCUUCCUGUCUUUGUGGCUCCUUACGUCCUUAACGACUAUGGCGAGGGAGCAGUCAUGGGCGUUCCGGGCCAUGAUAACAGGGAUAUGAUGUUCUUUAAGGAAAAUGUGAACCCCGAUUCGAUCCCUGUUGUUAUCGAGGCUGAGCCAAGUGGCAAUGAAGCAAGCAGUGUCGUCCCGACGUCAGACGCAAAAGCUUUCACGCAAGAGGGUGUAUUGAAUUCGCGCUGCGGAAAGUACCAAGGGUUACACUCCAAGGAGGCAUCAAAACUGAUUGUCAAUGACCUGGAGCAAGUCGGUCAGGCUGGGUUCGUUGAGAGCUGGCGUCUGCGAGAUUGGUUGAUCAGUCGCCAGCGAUACUGGGGUGCGCCCAUCCCUAUCAUCCACUGCGGCGACUGUGGUCCUGUGCCGGUGCCCGACAAGGAUCUUCCAGUGAAGCUGCCGAAAAUCGAGGGAGAGUGGCUCAAGGGAAAGAAGGGAAACCCUCUGGAAUCCUCAGAGGAAUGGGUCCAUACAAAAUGCCCCAGUUGUAAUGGUCCCGCUCGACGCGACACAGAUACCAUGGACACCUUCGUGGACUCGUCCUGGUACUUCUUGCGGUUCUUGGACUAUGCUAAUAAGGAAGCCCCGUUCUCUCCUGCGGUGAUGCGGCCAGUGGAUGUGUAUAUCGGUGGUAUCGAGCAUGCCAUUCUGCAUCUUCUCUACGCUCGGUUCAUUUACAAAUUCCUCUCGUCUGAGCUGCUCCCAGCGAGGAACUCUGCUGCACUCGCAGAACCAUUCAAAAUGCUUCUCAGCCAGGGUAUGGUCCAUGGAAAGACCUUCACUGAGCCUUCGACAGGCCGCUUCCUUCUCCCGUCGGAAGUUGACUUGACCAAUCCAGACAAGCCUUUGAUAAAGGGAACACAAGCUUCCCCUAAUAUCUCUUUCGAAAAGAUGUCCAAGAGCAAGUACAAUGGUGUGGACCCUACCAGCACCACAUCAAAAUAUGGUGCCGACGCUACUCGCGCGCACAUCCUGUUCUCCGCACCAGUCAGCGAGGUUCUAGAAUGGGACGAAGCUAAGGUUGUCGGCGUCGAGCGCUGGUUCGGUCGACUCUGGAAACUCAUCCAAGACACCCAGCAGACUCUAACAGAGGCAUCAUUCUCCGUCUCAGAAGCAGAUCUGAAAUCAUCUACCACCCAUGCCGCUCCCCUUCCGUCAUCACUCCAGGACCUGAGCGACUCCGACGCAGGCGCAGUCCUAGCCACCCAAAAUACCAUCGCAUCCGUCACCACUUGCAUCGAAAGCAACCCCUACAGUCUGAACACAGUCAUCUCAGACCUAAUCAAGCUGACCAACACCCUGGCCUCGACACCCGCCUCCUCCCCUCUGAUCCUAUACCUAUCCGUCUCAUCACUCCUCCGUCUACUAGCCCCCAUUGCCCCAGCCUUAGCCUCUGAAUCAUGGGAAGUCCUACACGCAACCACAAAUACCACCUCCUCAACACCAGUGCCAUCCAUCCUUUCAUCCCCCUGGCCUAGCACCCUCCUCACACCCGACCAAGUCGAAACCCUCUCCUCUCGCGGCGGCCAAACGGUCGCCGUCCAGGUAAACGGCAAGCUCCGCUGUGCUGUGACCAUUCCGCGUAUGGAGUCUCCGGUGACAGCAUCGCCGCAGGGCAAGAAUUCUCCUUCGCAGGAAGAACAGGAUUGGAUCAUCAGUCGAGUGUUAGAGACUGCUGAGGGGAAGUUGUGGCUUCGGGAGAAGAAUGACUGGGAGAAGAGACGGCGGGUUAUUGUCAUCAAGGGGGGGUAA